AUGGCCGUUUCGCACAACCCGGACGCGAAGCGCAUCAUCCUUGCUUUUCGGGGUACCUAUUCCAUCACCAACGCUAUCAUCGAUCUCUCGGCAUAUCCUCAGGCCUAUAUACCUUACCCAGGGGACGAUCUGGGUGAACCCGAGAAUGGAUCGCUUCUAGAUCGAAAAUGCGAGAAUUGCACCGUUCACGCCGGGUUCAUGAAUUCUUGGUUGAACACCCGCUCUACAGUGCUACCGCAGCUCUCGGAUGCUCGCAAGAACUAUCCAGACUACGAAAUAACCCUAGUCGGACAUUCCCUUGGAGGAGCCGUUGCCGCUUUGGCAGGGCUAGAGAUGAAACUCAAGGGAUGGAACCCAUCUGUGACGACAUUUGGAGAGCCGAUGGUUGGCAAUCAAGAAUUUGUGGAUUUUCUUGACGAGCAGUUCCACAUGGGUAGUGAUCGGGUGACCCGGUCAUUCCGUCGAGUGACACACAUCAAUGACCCAAUCCCACUUCUCCCGCUCAAAGAAUGGGGCUAUGCCGCCCACGCUGGCGAAAUCUUUAUUUCAAAGCUGGACCUCCCACCUUCUAUUGAAGACCUUCGAAUCUGCCAAGGAGAUCAAGAUCCACAGUGUAUUGCAGGCUCAGACGCCUCCGCUCUUCUGCUGGAUAUGUAUCGGGAUGCCCGCAUCCCUCUCGAUAUUUUUAGUACCCACCCGGAUCCGUGUCCUUCACAUACGGGACAAGGAAGUGUAGAGUCAGAGCACCAAGUCGUUUUCGGGACGCAGGGGGAUCUACUUGGAUUAGACUGUGCCUCUUCUGAUGCGACAGCUCCGCUAUAUCCUCGUCGCUGGGACUGGUCUCUUAUCCCAGCUCGAUAUCGUCUAUGGGAGCUCUUUUAUGCACAUCGGGAUUACUUCUGGCGCAUUGGUUUAUGUGUCCCAGGAGGGGACCCGACCGGAUAA